AUGGCGCUGCUUCCGGCGCCACAGCAAGCUGCCAAGCCUGCGGCCGUGCUGGUGACCUGCUGCGCUCAGGGGCAGCGGGCCCCAGAGGACCGGCUGUCGCCCGCAGAAUUGCUGCCAGUCGCCGCUGAGACCUGCGUCGCAGUGGCGGCCCUUCACGAUGCCGCCACUGUGCACAAGGACUUGAAGCCCGCAAACUUCCUGGUGGCGGCGGACGGCCACCUGUGCGUGGGUGACCUGGGCGUUUCUGACGACGCAUCACACCACGCGCUCUCCGGCGCCGGCACAUGGUUCUUCCAGGCGCCGGAGCAGCGCUACAGCACGACUCGGCUGGGCAGGAUGCUCCACGCCCUGCGCAUCGCGCUCGCCGACAUGGCAGAGCGGCUUGGCUUCCCCUGCGACAGCCGCCCGGUGGACGUGUGGGCGCUGGCGGUGACAUGGCUGACGAUUUCGCUGACAGUUGACGAGGUACUGAGGGUGAUGAAGACGGCCCACGCUGGGAAGCCUUUGCAGCUCCCCGCCUACGUUCCUGCGGCGCUGGCCGACCUUCUGCAGCGCGGCAUGCUUGUGAAGCGCCCGUCGAAGCGCUUCACCAUCAGGCAGGUGAUGGCGCAUCCCUACUUUGCGCGCGUGAGUUGGCGGCAGGCAGAGGCGCGCCGUCUGCUGUUGCUCGACCUGAGGGCGCUGGCAGCCCAGGGCCGCGAGUACAUACAUGCAGGCAGUUCGACAGACGUGAUGCGUGAGGCGGCGUGA